AUGUCACAGAGGCGCGCCUUACCCGUGUCUCCGGAGAGUGGAGUGGAGAAGAAGAACUGAAGAAGCCGUUCGUUCUGGAGCGCGCCGCCAUCCGCUCGAACCUUUCCCCUCUUUGCCUUGCGCACCAAGUAUGGAUAUUGGGGGUACCCUCUCGAUCUUCUCGUCGCUGGCAAUGUGGGUUGCGUAGUCACAUGUUUCUCGAUCUCGUUGUGUCUCAGGUUUUUUUUCUUGAGGAGUUAGAUUGAGCAGGAGAAGAGCCGCGGCCGGUGUGGAUUUUUGUGUUGGUCGGUCGCGAGGAUCGAUGGCGGCGGGGGAAGGAGACGUGGGGAUGGAGGUGGAGACGAAGGCGCCAGCGAUGCCGCCGCCGCCGCCGGCGUCGUCGAGCGCGGCCAGGAAGAAGAAGCAAGCUCGCGCGAAGAACGGCGACACGCCUGAGCCUGACGCCGCCGGCGGUGCCCGUGCCCGGGCGUCUCGGCGAGCGAAACGGGGACCGGGCAGCUACCGCGGCGUGCGGCAGCGCCGGUGGGGCAAGUGGGUCUCGGAGAUCCGCGAGCCCAACCGCGGGAAGCGGCACUGGCUGGGCACCUUCGGCAGCGCCGUCGACGCCGCCCUCGCCUACGACAAGGCCGCCGCGUCCAUCCUCGGUCCCCGCGCGGUCCUCAACUUCCCGGCAUUCAGCCCUCCUGCCGCCGCCAUCGCCGCGCCGGAGCAAUGCGAACCCCCGUUCUGUUCUCCUGCCACCACCGCCGCCGCCACUGCGCCGGAGCAACGCCAAACCCCGGGCUGUUCUCCUGCAGCCGUCGCCGGCAGCGGCGGCGGCGCAGUGUUCGAGGAGCGUGACGUGAAGCCGGUGGUGUUGCCGUUGCCGUUGCCGGCCAUACUCCAGGAUGGCGGCGGCACGGAGGCAAUGGCGCAGCAUUGGGAUUGGGAGUGGGACGCGUCUUGGCCUGAGCUGGAGAUGUUCGAGUGUCUGGAUGACAUCGCCAUGUACCUCGACGUCGACGCUGUGAUGACGACUCGGGAUUGCAAGGUUGAGGAGCUCGACGCCGACAUCGUCGACUCGCCGCUGUGGACACUGUCGGACUGAAAUGGCAAAUGUGGCAGCCAUCUAGACAGGUUUCUUUUGGUGAGAGAUUUUCCAGUAGAUGAGUUAGCUUUCGUUUUGCUUAGCUGAUAGCCAUGUAGACCGUUAACAACGCUUAUAUGUAGUUUACUAAUAUAUUAUUAGUCUUCAUUUUGCAUUAGGAAAAAGUAUAACUGAUAGCAUUCAAAUGUAAAUAGUAGAACUGAAACCAAAAUACUACUAUAUUUAUCCGGAGAGAAUUGCACUUUGGACUACUUUUACUCUUAAAGAGUUUUACAUCGAAUCACCUUUAAUCAAAUCAUUUUUACUUUAGGCUAACUAAAUUUGUCUUUGUUGCGAUCUGGAUUACCCCAUAUCACUUCUUCAGCAUAUCAAUAAACUUGAGCACAUCAGAUCCAAGAAGCCAACAAACUCCCCUCACCUAUGAAGUAGGUUGCCAGUAUUAGGAUCCUAGUAUCAUUUUGCUUAAAGUAGUAUCGUAUCGUAGUAUUGGAAUACUAUAUAAGAUUUUCUUCUUUUUUUAAGUUUAAUUAAUAUUUAUAUUAAUUACAU